AUGGAAAGGCAGAUGGGGCUGAACCACCGUCAGCACCACUCUUUCAGUGGCUAUUUCAUCCAAGGAUUUGGUCAAAACAGUAGAGAUGAAGUUGGACAGCAACUGGUGGCCUAUCCUAUCCCGCAUCAGCAGCACCAGGUGAGCUUCAGUGCGGCCGGAGCAGCAGCAGCAGCAGCAGUUCCGUCACGAGGGCUUUCUUCGAACAAUUGGCGAGUUCUUUGUCCGGACGGAAACGUGUUUCCACGGUCACCUCCGUCGAUGAAGGUGAAUGCAACUCAUGUCCCGGUGGGAAUGAGUCAAGUCGAGAGAAGAGGAAUUGCACAAGCACCUGCGGCCGGGGCUGUGAGCGAUGGGUAUGCGUACUAUUUGAAUCGGGGUAACGGCGAGUUGACGAGGCUUGUGCCGGCUGAUAUGCUGCCUGCGUUGAACGAGAUCCCGCCGAGGGAGCCUGAGCGGCGGGGAAUGGUGGUUUUGCCGCCGCUGAGAGGCGUUCCGCCGAAAGGGAUGGCGGAUAUGAACCAGACCGUCACAGUCAAAAACCAAAUCGACCGUAUCGUUGCCACUAGCCCGUCGAUCCAGAAGAAGAACAAAGUAUACUGCGACAUGUGGAUCCACGAGGGAAGAUGUGCCUUCACCCAGACGGGAUGCAAGUUCAAGCACGAGAUGCCCCUGGAUGAGACCUCGCAAAAGACCCUCGGUCUCUUCCAAGGUCUCCCUGCUUGGUAUAAGAAGCAGCAAGAGGAGUUGAACCUGUGGAAGUCUCGUGACGCUUCCGACGCGGAGACUUCGCCUACGGAUUCUUCUUCUCAUAAUGAGUUUGCGUGGCAGAAUCCCAACUCCUCUUUGGGUAAAACCGUGCCGGACAAGAGUAAGCUUGACACAUCCCACCUAUCUCAAGCAACGAAAAGCCGCGUCGCUCAAUUCGUUUGGGGUCCGAUUGGGCCGCCUAACAAGCAGGUAGUGGACAAGGACCCUUGGGGCAAAGAGAUUGGAAACAAAAUGUAUGAUGGCGAAGCUGUCUCGAGCCUUUCCUCUGAGGGCCGCAGAGUUAGAUGA